AUGGCUUCCUCCUCUUCCACCUCUCAACAACAGGGACAACCUCCCCCAGCCCCCCAAACUACAACAGCAACAACAACGCAAACCGCUCCUCAACCGCCUCAACCAGUCCACGCCCCCGCCGGCUUCCAGCCCCUCGUCUACGACGCCCGCAACGCAAUCCCCUAUGCCCCAAUCCCCCUCCCGCAGCAAAUCUUUGAGACGCCUGAGCCCGAACCAAACAGGCCCUGGGAACUCACCAAGACGGCGCUCCAGGUCCUGUCCGUCGUCCUCGGCGCCACGGGCGUCGGCCUGGGCUUCAGCACGCUCAAGUACGAAUACUUUUACGCCACGGUCCUCAUAUCCACCAUUCCUCCCACACAACAAAUAUCUGACAAUCGCGGCAUCCACCCAGGCGCCCACGUCGCCCUCAGCCUCAUCAUCUUCCUCCUCGGCGCCAUCCUGCCCGCCCUCUUCGGCCCCUGGUUCCAGGACUCGUGGAACGGCUACGGCUCUGGGUCUGACUACCCCUGGCAGGACUGCUCCAACGUCUACGACCCCACGACCCACCGAUACGUGUACACGUGCACCGACGACGACGACGCGCGGAGGCGCUAUCUCAAGGAGAAGAAGGUGGCCAUGGCCGCGGCCGUCAUCACGUUCAUCGUGGCCGUGAUGCAUUUCGGCUUGUUCGUGGGCGCGUGCGUCGAUACGGAUAGGGUCAAUCGCGUGGCCAAGAGGCCGAUUUACGUGGUUGCGCCGCCGCCGCCGCCGCAGAUGAUGCAGUGGCAGCCUGUGCCCCAGACGAUGCCGCAGCAGCAGUAUCAGCAGUAUCAACAGCAGUAUCAGGCUCCUAUGCAGCAAACUCCCAUGCAACAGGCCCCCCUUCAGACUACCGCUCAGCCUCCAGCCCAGGAAACGCCCCAGACAGAGACAGAAAGCCAGAGCAGGGACAAGGGCAAGGGAAAGGCCACGGACAAGGGAAAAGGCAAAGAGCCUAUGCGGGAUCCCAUCGUGGAGGAGGAUGCGCCCAGUGGCUCUCAAGCGUGA